AUGGAGCAGCGAAAGCUUAUGGUUACGAAUAUCCCAUGGGACGUUGAUACUAAGGGCUUGAAAAACUAUAUGAGCAAAUUUGGUGAGCUAGGAGAUUGUUUUGUUGUAAAGGAUCGGUUCACUGGCCGGUCUCGUGGUUUUGGAUAUGUUACAUUUGCAUCAGUGGAUGAUGCUAAGUAUGUGCUAUCCAGUGAACACAGUCUUGGCAACAGGAUGCUGGAAUUCAAAGUGGCCACACCAAAGGAGGAGAUGAGGGCACCAGUUCCCAGAAUCUUUGUGUCAAGGAUUGCCCCAUCAGUAACAGAAGCAACUUUUAGGAGUCAUUUUGAGAAAUACGGUGAUAUAGAAUAUUUAUAUAUGCCAAAGGCUCAAAGAUCAAAAACACAUCGAGGAAUUGGUUUUAUCACUUUUGCAAGUGCAGAUUCUGUAGAGAACGUGAUGAAAGAAACCCAUAAACUGGGAGGUUCUGAUGUGGUGGUUGAUCUAGCAAUACCUAAGGGAGAUGGUUUCAAGCCAAUUGGCAGAACCAGAACGUCACAAGGAGGACACGGUGCAUUUAAUAAUGCUUAUAUUUCUAAACCAACUAGAUAUGCAGCACUUGGUGGUCCGACUAUGUAUGAUCAUCCCAGUUCAAUUUAUGGAAGGAAAGAACCUGUUCGUGGAAUGAGCAAAAAGAUUUUUGUUGGCCGUCUUCCCCAGGAGGCAACCACUGAGGAUCUUCACCUGUAUUUUGAAAGAUUUGGCCAUAUAUUAGAUGUUUAUAUUCCUAGGGAUUUCAAGAAAUCUGGUCAUAGAGGCUAUGGUUUUGUGACUUUUGCGGACUAUGGUGUUGCAGAUUGUGUCUCACGAAGAUCUCAUGAAAUUUGUGGGCAUCAGGUUGUCAUUGAUUCAGCCGCAUCUCUUGAUGACGCAGGGCCUAGUGGUAAUACUACGGGGAAUAAUAGUAUGGAUUCUUCCAGGGGAUAUGGUGAUCCUGUGAGACCAUAUUUUGAUCGAAGUCCUGUGAGUCCUUAUUUUGAUCAAAGUCCCGUGAGGCCAUAUGGGAGGAUGUACGAUAACCUGGAUUAUGACAAUCGGGGUUAUGGAGUUGCUAGUAGAAGACCGUCAAGAGCAGAUCGGAGGUAUAGACCUUACUAG